GAAAACUUCGAUUUUCGCCAUUCGACGAUAGAAAAGCGCUGUCCAUCUUGAUGACGCUGCUGCAACGUUUCAUUUCGAGAAAGGCCGAAGCAUGGACCCGACGCACGACGACGACAACAACAGCAACCACCACGACGACGAGAGCCACGUGGCACCGGCCAAGACGACGUACGUGGUCCAGGAAGGCGACACGCUCAUGGGCAUCGCCAUCAAACACGGCCUGCGUGAGUUUGACCUGCGCCAAUCCAACCACCUUCUUGGCGGCCACGCAAUCUACCAGGGCCAAGUGCUCAAGAUCCGCCAGCGCAUUCGCGCGCGCAGCCAGAGCCUGCCGUCCAAAGCGCUCCACGACUUUUUGCCCAACGAUGCGUCGCGCCGGAGCUCGAGCCAGACCAUGAUUGCGAUCCCAGAGCACAAGAUCCCAGAGCACAAGAACCCGCCGAGCAACCAGCACGACCCAACCGACGACGACGAGAAGCGGCCUGUCUCCCCGACGAUCAAGGAGCCCGCGCACGAGCCGCUGCUCCUCGCGACUCCUCACGACAUCCUGUCGCACCCAAGCUACACAAAGUAUCUGGUUCCGAGGCUCGAGGCAUGCCUGCCGGCGCGUCACCGCGGCUACGACUGGAAGAUUGCCUACAGCCUCGCACAGCACGGCGCGAGCCUUGGAACGCUCUAUCGCAACGUGCGCGGCAAGCGGCCCACGAUCGUGGUCGUCGAGACGGGCGACGGCGACGUCUUUGGCGCCUUUGCGUCCAUGCCGUGGACCCCGUCGACGUCGUACUAUGGCACGGGCGAAUGCUUCCUCUUCACGUGCUACCCGUCCUUUGAGCAUUUUGCGUGGAAGGGCACGAACGCCAUGAUCAUGUUCAGCAACGAGUCGAUGAUGGCCAUGGGCGGCGGCGGCGGGUUUGCAUGGGCUGUCAACAGCGACCUCUCGCGGGGCACGAGUGCCCACAGCCUCACUUUUGAGAACCGGUGCUUGGCCCACCGACCGGACUUUGACGUGAUCAACUUUGAAGUCUGGGAGCUCGUGUCCAAGUACACCGACUAGGGACCGAGUUGCCAAUUUGCGUGUACACUAGCUAUUAUUAUUUUAAUUUCAUUCCGUCGUUAC